UCAAACUGAACAAUAUAUAGAGAGUUUUGUGGGUGUUAGAGUUCUAUCUUGGAGGGAUAUUUAUUGCUUUUUUUUAGGAUUGCGCGGUUCCUCGGAAACGUGAGCUCCGUGUAACUUCAGUUCUGGAUCUGUAACGAUUUUGAAAAGAACACUGUCACCGGUUGAACAGCAGUGUUGACAUGGCAAACAUGAAAUCCCGCAGUGAGGAUGAGGAUGAGGAGCGUCAUUCUACAGACCCUGAUAACAGAGACCCCAAAAAUUCCAAAAAGAUGCUGGGCAAAGUCAAAUGGUCCCGGGAAGAGGACGAGAGACUCAAGAAGCUUGUUGAGCACCAUGGUACCGAUGCAUGGAGAUUAAUUGCAAAUUAUUUCCCAACAAGGACAGAUGGCCAAUGUCAACACCGCUGGCAGAAGGUCCUCAACCCAGAGCUGGUAAAAGGGCCCUGGACAAAGGAGGAGGAUCAGAGGGUGAUAGAACUGGUGCAUAAGUAUGGCCCCAAACGAUGGUCUGUCAUCGCCAAGCACCUUCAAGGCCGCAUUGGCAAACAGUGUCGGGAGCGGUGGCACAACCACCUUAACCCUGAGGUGAAGAAGUCCUCCUGGACUCAGGAGGAGGAUCGCAUCAUAUAUGAGGCACACAAGCGCCUUGGUAACCGAUGGGCUGAGAUCUCAAAGCUGCUACCUGGAAGGACAGACAACUCCAUUAAGAACCACUGGAACUCCACCAUGCGUAGGAAGGUGGAACAGGAGGGCUACCUGCAGGAGAACAGGAGGGGCUUCUGCACUGAGCAGCCCCCAAAGAGGCGCCACAAACCCUGCCCUUCCAUGGAUCACCUGCACAGCCACAGCCAGCAGCUCAUCAACGGCCAGUCCCAGCUGGCCGGAUACUCGUAUGGCUCUGUGAGCAGCCAGUGUAUGGACAGCAUGGCAGAGAGCUCCAGCUUUGUGUCGCCGUGCCAUGACGAUCCUGACAAAGAACAGCGAAUUAAGGAGCUCGAGCUGCUGCUUAUGUCAGCCGAGAAUGAAGUCAGAAGACGGUCCGGCCCUCGCAACUCUGAGAACUACUCCAACUGGUCCGACAGCAUGGCAGACGAUACCAUAACCACCACGGGGAGUCUGGAAGAGGGGGGUGUAGCGCUGUGCCGUGUGGAAAAGGGUCGUGCUUCAUCCGUGCCACUGCACAUCUCGCCCAGCAAGUUCCUGGCAGUGGAGGCCAGUGCCGUGCUCUCCACCCUGCACACCAUCCCUGAGUUUGCUGAGACCAUGGAGCUUAUUGACUCGGAUCCAAUGGCCUGGAGUGAAGUGGCUAGUUUCGACCUGUCUGAGGCUGUGAGCUCUCCUAAGCCCCCCACCCUUCCUGCAGCUUAUCCAGCUCUGGAGGCAGGUACAGAGGAUGUCAACUACCACCACCUCACUGGCCCUGCUGCACCGGAGCUGAGCAGACCACAGGUUGGAGUGGGGCAGGGGAAGCCCGUCCAUCACCCUGCCCCUUCCACAAGCAAGUUCAGCACCCCGCCCCCAUCCAUUCCGAGGAAGAAGACAAGAGAGAUGGGGGACCAUUCACCUGCUGAGGACAGACACUGUGUUCCUUUUACAGACAACGGCAACAGCUCACCCAAAGGCACACCAGUCAAAGGUUUGCCGUUCUCCCCCUCUCAGUUCUUCAACAUAUCUGGGGCAGAGCAUCUGAACCUUGAUAACCCUGCCCUCACAUCCACUCCAGUAUGCGGGCAGAAGUGCUUCCUUGGCACACCUCACCAGAGGGAAACCACGCCCAAACAUCAGAAAGAGAAUGCUGGUUUCAGGACCCCCAAGAUCCGAAAAUCCAUAAUGUGCCACGUCCCAAGGACACCCACUCCCUUCAAAAACGCCCUGGCUGCUCAGGAGAAGAUGCAUGGGCCCUUAAAAAUGGUGCCCCAGCCAUUGGCUUUCCUUGAGGAGGACAUUAGAGAAGUGCUGAAGGAGGAGACAGGAGCUGAUAUUUUCACUCAGAUGCAGGCCCUGCCUGAACACAGACUGUGUGAGGUGGAUGUCCCUGCCAGGAAGGUGAGGAAGUCUUUGUUGCUGGACACCUGGGGGAAGGACUGUCUCAAUGUGCAGCUGUUUUCUCAGCAGCAUGUAAGCAGUAACGAACAGUGCCACAACGAUGGCUUGCUGAGCAGCGCUCUGCUGAUGAGCCCCCUGGCUGAGGAAGAGGAGCUUGCUUGCUCGCCCGAUCCCAUAAAGGACGACACCCAGCCCCCCACCUGCACCCUUAGCCCACAGGCCAAAAAGGAGCUCCAUAUACACAGAAGCUCAGCCUUCCAAACAUCCACUCAGCUGAGCAGCGAGUGGGAGGCAGUGGUGUUCGGGAAGACUGAGGACCAGCUGAUCAUGACCGAGCAGGCCAGGCGCUACCUGAACUCCCAGCUGCCCUCCUGCACAUCCAGAGCUCUGGUGCUGUGAGCUUCGCACUAAGCAGCUGUCCCCGCUUCAACCCCACCCACAUGCUUCACCUUUUAGACAGUCUGCUGUAGGAGACUAAACAACCAUCUCUUAUGUAUAUGCCCACUAAAGACUUACAUGACAAAGUAUUGCAAAGUACUUUAAAACACAAGGAGGCACAAAAGAACCAUAGCUGGGUUUGUGACUAAAAGAACGCUACCUGACUUCCACUUACAAUUUCAUUUGUGCAUUGACAAAUAGUUCUAGAUUUGCUGAGGUAGGUGAAGUUAAUUAAAUAGACACUUCAUAUAACAGCUGUAGACAGCUGUGUCAUGAGUCAGAUUUGAGCAUUACAUUGUUGAAAGGGAAUUGAGCCCAAGAUUGUUGUUGUUGUUUGUUUGUUUAUUUGUUUGUUUUUAAUUCAGUUGUCUGUUACUGAAAUGGUAAGGGUGAAAAAUUCAACAGCUGAAUGUAGUUCCGUACAGAGAUUGCUUACAGUAUGGUCCAUUUACCAUCUGCCCUUUCAAUGCAUUUGGUGGCUGAGGAAGAAAGUGUUUGCUGUCUAGGAAUAUUCCAGUACCUUGGCUCUCAUCAUUUCAUUGCCAGACAACUGAAGAAUACAAAAAUAACAAGAAUGGGGUGCAGUUUCCCUUUGACAUAAGAGGACAUAUAGGAGUCUGUCUUCCAAGUUUUUAGCGUGUUUCUUUUAAGAGAAUGUUUAUAAAUGUGGCGUCUUAAGGAUUGGAGAGCACUGGCAGUGUUGCACUACUGAUUGUGGUUAAGGAGAGGAGCUCGAGCCGUUUUUACUGAUUGUGGUUAUCUGUAAAGGAGAGAUGCUCGGGCUGUUUCUUUGCAGGAACUGGAUAGCACUUGCGGUGUGACCGUUUCAGCUCAGAACACGGUGAAGGUUAAGCUCCGUGUUUUUGCUGAGUAUGACAACUCACUGAAUGUAUUGUACAGUGUUUUUCUGUGACGUAGAUUCAAAAAGAAGGGUACCUCUUUUGUUCAUCAUUCUAUAACUUAUUUUCUACUGUAAAACCUAAGUUGAGUUGAGAUGUUUAUUGAACACCAGUUUUAAAACAAACCUACCUUUGCUGAUGUACUCAUCUGUGACUGCAGCCUAAACAGCCUUUAUCUUAGUUGCUUAUUCAUUCUACCAGAAAUCAUGUUGGUACUGAUUUUAAUGCCUAGUCUCACAGAAGUAACACAUUCCAGGACAUUCACACUCUCUGUGAGAUGGAUGUCACCUUCAUUUAGGACUGUAGGGUCUAUUUAUUAAAUCUUUACUAAUUUAUUUAUUUUAAAGAUAUAAAGAGAAUCUUUAAUUUUAUUUUUGUUGUAUUAAGAGAGAGGAUUUGGCUACCUUUGAUGACAUUAUCUCCCAACAUUUUUUAAAUUACAUAUCCUGCAUCCAAUUUUCCAAUUAAUCUUUUUUAACAUUAAUUAAUUUCCAAAGUCUUGUCUCCUGUUUCAAGCCAGUUUAAUACUAUAAAGGUAUUCAGCCUCCAAAUGUUCCAUGUAGGCAAAUUGCACUUUUUAAAUGUUUAAAUGUUGGUUUGUUUAUAGUAUGUGUUGUUGUUGUUGUUGGGUUUUGUUUGUUUGUUUUGGGGGGGGCUUUAGUGUUUACAUUUAGUGAGAUUUUUAUGGUGGUGCCUGCUUGUUUAUUAUAAAAAUGAAACAUUGACAGGUGACAUUUGGAUAAGAUGGAGUUCCUCUCUCUCACUCACUAAUUCUGCUAGUGAAAAUGAAGGCUGUGCUAUUUGCUGCUGAGCAACAAACACAAAUGAAGAGGCCACAUACCAAUGCUAGAAACACAAGCACAAUUCUUUGGCAAUGUAGAUCCGUUAUCCUGCUCUUGUGUAUAGUGACAGUUAUGUUUACUGCUAUUUAAGGUAACCUUGGUUACAGUAGAGUCUUUGUUAAGGCAGUGCUUUAUUUCUGGAAAAAACAGCUCAUUGUGAAAUUACUCAUUAGUAUUAGAGCUUUUUGAAGAGGUCUGCAUUAAGGCUUUUUAAUUAAUACAAGCAUUGGUGAAAUGCAAAGACACUUAUCAGUUAUAACUCUAUACAUUGUUUAUCUAAUCACAAGGGCAUCCUGUCCUCAGGCAGAAUUUCUUUCCAUAGAGAACUACAUAAGGUGUGUGUUUCUAAAACGCCUGAGUUCACAAAGAUAUUUACCAUGUUGUAUAGCACAAGAUUCAAUAAUAUUUCAAGUAACGAUGCAGGUAACAGCUAAAAGACGUUUUUAUUUUGUUUAAUGUCUGAUACAUGUGUGUAUGUAUUUUGUCUUUGUAUUUAAUGUAGCUGUAAGUUUGCAAAAUUUCAUUUUCUAACAUUCAACCACCUAAUACUAAAUUUGAGAGGCGUAUGUAUAUGUAGCAGUUAAAAAAAAACAAAACAGUGCAUGCAAAGCAGUAUGUUCUUUUUAUCUGACAUCCACAUUUUCACAAGAUGUUUUUAUCGCUUACCUGCCUCUGAAU